AUUUUAUUAGUAUUUUAGGGAUGAGUUUAGUGAGCUUUGUAGUCAAAGGAGACUAUUUUCGAUAAGAGCAAUUUGAUAUUGAGGUUUUUGCAUCUCAAAUGUGUUUUAUAAAUGGGAGCUGAUAGGUAUAUUUCAUACUUUUUGCCUAUUCCUGUUCUGGGCACCAUUGCCAUGGAGAUUUACAGUACAAAGUAUUGACCAAUAUAUAUUUGGAUUAUUGUUACAGUGAUUAGAAGGAACUAGACCAGAAAUGUAUUUUGUACUUUAUAUUUAUCAGUGUUUUGCUCACUAUCUAGCCUAUUCAUUUCAAAUAAGAGGGUGCAUCUGUGAGUAAUCUAGGAAAGCAGUUAUUUUAUUAAAUUAAUUUCCCCUAAUAUAAUUUCAAUCAAGGCACUGUGACUGUCAGUGUUUUUCAUGUUUACAAUAAAAUGUUUUGUUAUGAACUCUGCACAAAAGUGAACUUGUCUCAGCUCUGUCCUAGUGGGACAGUAUUACACAAUUAUUUUACAGCAACCUGGCAUGAAGUAAUUAAACUGACAGUUCACAAAUGAGUACAAUAUGAGCAUAACUAUAGAUUUGCAGUGAUGGUGCUGAAUAAGGUAGUCAUAAGCAGGGAGGCAGCUGUCCCGUUUCUGUUCCUGGCAUUCCAGCUGUAUGAUGUCAUGGCAUCAAAAUCUGCCGUGUAUUACGCUAUUGUUGAAGAACUACUCAAACUUCUAUAAGGAAUACAGCCGAUGAAACCAUAGCUAGUGGACCUGAAUUAUUUUAUUGUUCAUAGUUUUGUUUGUGCAUUUAAAUCAAAAUUAUAGGAUAAGAGUUGUGUUAACGAGUAGAAUGUAGAUCAGCAGAUGUAGUUCGAGAUUGAUGCUCUUUCGGUAGGAAGUGAAGCACGUUGGCUGAUUUAGGCAUGAUGGAGAUUAAACUUGAAACACAAACUAAACUUGUUUUAUAUUGGACAUAGAUAUCACCUAUUAUGACUGGUGGCAGCUUUGGAUAUGCACAAUUUACGAAUGGACUCAUUUGCUUUUGGCGGACAUCAAUAAGGGAUACAUGUAUCCAAUGUAUGGAUGGCCUCUUAUCCACUCACAUUUUGACGGGCAAAGUUUAAAGAGACAACAGGACACAUAUUUCUGGAUCAAGGAAGGACUCCUUGCCAAAGGACUUUGAAACAUGCCCUUGCCAUUCGGCUUAAAACUCAAAAGAACUCGAAGGUAUACUGUCUCAAGCAAGAGCUGUCUGGUCACGCGUAUUCAGCUACUCAAUGGUGAAUUUGUUGAGUUUACGCUUUCUGUGGAGAGCACCGGCCAGGAAUGUUUGGAGGCAGUUGCACAGAGACUGGAGUUAAGAGAGAUAACAUACUUCAGCCUGUGGUACUUCAACAAGCAGAACCAGCAACGAUGGAUUGACCUGGAGAAGCCCCUAAAGAAGCAGCUGGACAAGUACGGCCUGGAGCCCACUGUCUACUUCGGGGUGGUCUUCUACGUGCCCACUGUGGGCCAGCUGCAGCAGGAGAUCACCAGAUAUCAGUAUUACCUCCAGUUAAAGAAGGAUGUUCUGGAAGGCAGAAUCCCUUGCUCCAUUGAACAAGCCAUCCGUUUGGCUGGCUUGGCAGUGCAAGCUGACUUCGGAGACUUCAAUCGUUAUGAUUCGCAGGAGUUUCUUCAGAAGUUUGUGCUGUUUCCUAUCGGCUGGAUCCAGGAUGAGAGAGUACUGGAAGAGGCUACUCAGAAGGUGGCUCUGCUUUACCAGAACUACAGGGGGUUGCCUGCCCCAGAGGCUGAGGUGUUGUACAUGCAGGAGGUGGAGAAGAUGGAGGGCUAUGGCCAGGAGAGUACCCCAGCCAAGGACAGCCAAGGCACUGAUAUCCUCCUUGGGGCCUGUCUGGACGGCAUCUUUGUCAAGCACAAAAACGGAAGGCCACCCCUAGUAUUCAAGUGGAAUGAAAUUAACAACAUGACUCACAAUAAGUCCUUCUUUGCCCUGGAGCUGGCCAACAAAGAGGAGAGCGUGCAGUUCCAAACCGAAGACAUGGAAACCUCCAAAUAUGUGUGCCGGAUGUGUCUGGCCAGGCACAAGUUUUACAAGAUUAACAAGAGCAGCCUCCAAACCCAGCCUACUGCUAUGAACCCAGUGCGACGGCAAUCCUCCACCAGGAUGUCUCUGCCAAAGCCCCCGGCCUACAUGAUGCCCCCGCCACAGAUGCACUACAAUGGCCACUUCACUGAGCCUUACACAUCCUCACAAGACAACCUGUACAUGAACAGUCAGAACGGCUACUACUACCACUCCCAGACCAGCCUGGACUGCUCACCACUCGAGUUCGGCAACAGUGGCGGUGGGAACGUGCGGCUGCGUAACGGCAGCGUGUACAGUGCCCACAGCACCAGCUCCCUCACCAAUCCCCAGCACUACAUGCAGCCCUCGCCCAUGUCCUCCAACCCCUCCAUCACAGGAAGUGACAUCACCCGGCCCGACUACGUGCCUUCGCACCGCCACAGUGCCCUCAUCCCCCCCUCCUACCGCACCACCCCAGACUACGAGACGGUCAUGAGGCAGAAGAACCAGGGAGGUGGAGGGGGGAUGGUGCAGGCCUACGAGCACCGCCAGAGCCACUCCAUGAGGAACCUGCACAUUGGGAACUCGUACGCCUACAGUAGGCCGGACCCCCUGGUCUACAGCCAGCCUGAGAUCAGAGGAGAGCAUGGUGGAGGAGGAGUGCACCACCACUACUCCUUCCACCUCAACUCCAGCUUCCACAGCCCCUCCCCGUACCCCUACCCCACAGAGAGGAGGCCAGUGGUGGGGGCGGUCAGUGUGCCCGAGCUGACCAAUGUCCAGCUGCAGCAGGCGCAGGAGUACCCUGCAGCCAACAUCAUGAGGACCCAGGUGUACCGCCCUCCACCCCCCUACCCAUACAACGCCCACCCGCGGCCCGCUAACAGCACGCCAGACCUGUAUCGCCACCUGUAUGUAAGCAGUAGCAACCCGGACUUGAUCAUCACGCGGCGCGUGCACCACUCUGUCCAGACCUUCCAGGAGGACAGUCUGCCUGUAGCCCACUCCCUGCAGGAGGUAUCUGAGCCCCUGUUCAUGGCUGGACCCCCACAAAACGACCCCCACCAGCAAAACACACACAAACGCAACUCCCUCGAGAUCGCUGGCCUGGCUUACAGCCUGAAGGGCAUGAGGGUCAAGGAAAGGACUGUAUCUGUCUCGGCUGCUGACACCCCCCUUCUGGCCCCGCAUGGUCCCUCCUCAAGUUCCCAGCUCAACGUGUUCCUGGAGCGGACCAAGUCAGACGACGGGGGGGAGGGGAAGGAGGACGUGCGCUACGGCCACAAGAAGUCCCUGUCGGACGCCACCAUGCUGGUGCACAGCAGCGAGGAGGAGGAGUUUGAGGAUGAGAGCGGACGCCAUACCCCCAAAUCCUACGAUGCACUAUUGUCUGGGUCUGACCUGCAGCAGCUUCUAACCAAUCUGGGCCAGAUUCCCCUGGAGCCCCCGCCCGCAUAUCCCAUUAGCUCCUCCCUUGACCCUGUCCUGUCAGGCCUCCCGGCGUAUCAGGUGCACACACUGAUCCAGGAGGCGGAGCCAGUGAACCUGUUGGCGGGUGGGCAGCCUGGCAGGAUGGUUCCCUCGGUGUCUGACGGUGACAUUAGUGGGCAGAACAAACAGAAGGCCAAGAAGGACUUCAUCAAGAAGAGGCCUGUGUCAAACAUUCCUGCUGGGAAGAAACCCAUUGAUGGCCUGCCUCCUGCCGGCAUGAAGAAGCGGGCUGAGCUGAAGAAGAUGGGUCCUCUGAAGGUGGCAGCCCUCAACGGCCUGACCCUGUCCAGGCUGCCCCUGCAGGAAGGGGGCAAUGACGAGCCUGAGAAGGCCUCCAAUGACGAGCGGUGUAAGGUACUGGAGCAGCGCAUGGAGCAGGGCAUGGUGUUCACAGAGUAUGAGCAGGUGGCCAAGCGGCGUCCGGCAGGCAACUGCAGCAUCGCCCAGCUGCCGGAGAGUGGCGAGAGGAACCGCUUCCAGGACGUGCUGCCCUAUGACGACACGCGUGUGGAGCUGGUGCCCACCAAGGAGAACAACACUGGCUACAUCAACGCCUCGCACAUUAGGAUCACGGUGGGCGGAGACGAGUGGAGCUACAUCGCUUCCCAAGGCCCUCUCUCCAACACCUGUCAGGACUUCUGGCAAAUGGUGUGGGAGCAGGGCGUGGCCAUCAUUGCCAUGGUUACAGCUGAAGAGGAGGGUGGCAGGGAGAAGAGUUUCCGCUACUGGCCACGGCUCGGCUCCCGCCACAACACGGUGACGUACGGACGCUUAAAGAUCACCACGCGCUUCAGGACAGACUCAGGCUGCUACGCCACCACAGGCCUGAAGAUAAAACACCUGCUGACGGGCCAGGAGCGCACUGUGUGGCACCUGCAGUACACAGACUGGCCCGACCACGGCUGCCCUGAGGACUUCAAGGGCUUCCUCUUGUACCUGGAGGAGAUCCAGUCAGUGAGGAGACACACCAACAGCACCAGCGACCCAAAGAACACCAACCUGCCCGUGCUGGUCCACUGUAGCGCUGGAGUGGGCCGCACCGGGGUGGUCAUCCUCUCUGAGAUCAUGAUCGCCUGUCUGGAACACAACGAGAUGCUGGACAUCCCGACCGUUCUCAACAUGCUCCGGCAGCAGCGUAUGAUGAUGGUGCAGACCAUCUCACAAUACAGCUUCAUUUACAAAGUCCUCAUCCAGUUCCUCCGCAACUCCAGGCUUAUCUAAGUGCAAACCUCAGCUCCCACAAACAUUUGUUUUUUCGGGGACGAGGAACCAAGAUUCUCCAGCCGAACUUCAGUGCGUUGGAGCAACUGUGGCCUCUAGCUCCGAAAUGGUGGUGCUAGCAGAUGGCCCUUUUUCAAAGUAUUAAUGGAGGCGAGACUGCAACCUGAGGAAAGGAUCACAGGACUUUGUGUGUCUGCCUCUUACAGUAUUAUUGAGAUUUCACUGUGGAGUUUUUACACUAAAUGAUUACUGACAUGAAAGCCAGCACUUUUACAGUAGAGUACCUAGCUGUAUAUAGCGAAACCAUGUUGAAGUUGCAAUUAGAAUCUAAAUCUGAUUUUUGCAUUUCAAUAUAAUUACAGAUCUAUUUUUAUCACUGAUUUUAGAGUUUUUACGAUGUGUAUGCUGGAUGAUGUUUUUUAUGAUGGACUUGACUAAUGUUUUGAUUUAGAAUUCCUGAAGGAACUUAAAAUCACUCUUUGAUUACGUUG